AUGGAGAAGGAAACUGGGGCUAGGAUUUUUGUCAGGGGCAAAGGCUGCGUGAAAACACCGAAGAAAGCUGAUCCCAGUGAUGAUGAAGACUUGCAUGUCUAUAUAAAGGCAGAUAACCAAGAAUCACUAGAUGCAGCUAAUGAAUACCAUAAACAAGAACGAUUAGAAGAACCUGGAAAACUGAACGGUAAGCAUAGGGAUGAUGGAAUGUGCAGUGUGUGCAGGGGGAAAGGGCACAAACAUUAUGCCUGUCCUAAUGGGCAACCGAAUUUUAAAAUGGCACACACUUGUGCAACAUGUGGAAGCUUUUGCCAUCCCAUCUCAAAUUGUCCCUUGACUGUGAGGAUUAACAACUCUUUGUCGGGUUCUUCUGGGGGCUUUGGGUCUACUCCUAACAUAAACAGCAAAACCAACAAAGAAAUCAGAGAUACAAUCCUGUAUGUUGGCUCUCUUCCUCAAACUAUGGAUGAACUGCAGUUGACAGAGCUGUUACCUCCAUUUGGAAAGCUCAUCAAAGUGAAAAUAAAUAGAGACUGUACAACUAGUUCAGGUAAAGGCUAUGGUAUUGUUGCAUUUGAAAAUCCUAUUGAUGCCGCUUUGGCUGUGAAGCACAUGAAUGGAUACAAAUUGGAGGGGAAGAUGCUGGCGGUGAGGCUUGCUGGGCACCCACCAGUCGCAACUUCCUCAGUAUUCAGCCAUCUUCCAAUGUACUCCAUAAAUGCAGCAGUUCCUUCAACUGUCCUCAGUCAGACAGCUUCAAUAGGCCCACCCCCACCUCCAACAGUCCCGAGUCAGACAGCAUCACUGGGCCCACCUGGCUCGAUGCUGCCGGGCUCUCAAGCCUCAUUUAUCAAAAGUGAGGCCUCUGGCUUGCCUUCUUCCUCCAUCUACUUGGGGCAUUGCAAUCACCUUCCCAAAACUUUCAUUCAUCGUACCAAUUCUCCAACAUCCUUCUGCCCUGGCUCUCUUGAUCAAUUUCCUGGUGAUCCAGACUACCCUGGUUCCCAGUUCCAGUCAUAUUUUGCCACACCUUCUUCAAUGCUGCCAGGAGCUCAAGCGUCCUUUCUGAAAAGUGAGGGCUUGGCUUUGCCCCCUCCCUCCAUCUACAUGAGGCAUUGCAAUCAACUUCCUAAAAGUGAGGCCCUAGAUUUCCCGCCUCCUGUCAUCUCAAGCAUCCCCGAUUCAAGGUGUGUAAGCAGCUUUAAUUCAUCUUACAGAAAUUCUAUUGAAAUCCAACCCUUGUACCCUAGCUCUCUAGAACAAUUUCCUGGUAAUCCGGAUUACCCAAGUUCCCAAUCCCGGUGA